GCAUGGUCUGAAGGCCAUCAAACUCUAUCACUGCAAAACAAGCAAAGAUGGUGUUCUCCGCCGCCGCCGUUGGAUGCUCGGGCGGCGCCAUCCGGUUCUCCGCCGCAUCACCGCCACCUCGCCUUCCUCCUUCUUCCCACCCGGAGUCCCUUCCCAUCCUCUCCGGAAUCACUCGCCGUGCUGCUCUUCUCCUCCUCCUCUCCGUCCCAGUCCUUCCGGCCUCCUCCGCCGCCGCAAUCUCUAUCGGAAUCCCCGGGCCGAAGCAGUGGUUGAAGGAGCAGAAGAGGAAGGCGGCCAAGUUCAUCUUGGCGCCCAUUGAAGCCUCACGCCAGAGCCUUCACGAUGCGUUCGACAUGCUUGCCCUGGAUUUGGGAACUCCAGUGGAUUACCAUGGGGAAGUACGGAAACUUCUCAAUUCAGCUUCAAGAGAUUGUGUUUCUCAGGAUAGGAGCUCGCUUGUCACGUUUCAAGCAAGCACUGGUGUUGAGGUUUGCACAUUUAGUUUGAUUUUGAACAAUGCUUCCUCAUUGCUUGACAAUGAGGAUCCUGUGAAGUUGGAAGCAGAGGUGAAGCUUAGGGAGCUUAUAAGAUCCUUUUCUUCCGUUGGGAGUGUUAUGGAUAACUGUGAUUUUGAGCUCAUAGAUGAUAGUGAUUGUUGCAAGUUGCUUGAAAAUGAGUCUGGAGAAGUUGACUGGUCAACAAUGGAAAUGAAGGAAGUUAAAAGGAGAUUUGAAAAUGUUGACUUUUCAAUAGCCUAUGAGGAUGGAGAUCCUCCACUUACCCUUUAAUGCACCAGACUUCUCUUUGCCGUUGUUGUGCCCAAUGAAAGCUUGAAAAGGGAUUCUCAUUGUACUGACAAUGAGGUUUAUAUCAUCUAUAAUGUCUUAUCUAGUACUAGGUUGUCUUUAAUUAAUGCUACUUUUGUGUUGGGACUCAAACUGGUUAUGAUGAUGUUUCUUUUUGAAAACUUUAAAAUGUUUGUUCUACUCUGUAGUUGGUUGAGAGAAAUAGUUUAUGAAAAUUGCUUCACUUUACUGAUCUUCAGAAGUUUCUCUUCCACUGUGUAUCUUUUUGGUCACCGAAUUAUAACAGAGUGAUCCUGAACAGUGAAAUGUAAUGGUCAUGACUGCUUAGUUAGUCUCAUUAUUGUACUUCAUAUAUCACAACCCAUGUGUAUGUUCUUGUUUUUUCAACCUUUGAGGAAUAAGUUUACUUAAUUAUGUCAUCUGAUUUAUGCCAUGACCGUACUUUUCUCUUGUUAGAUAGCAUUACUUGUGUUCAUCUACCUCAGCUUUCAAUUUAAUUUC